AUGUCAGCUAACUCUGCACCUGACUCCUCACGGAUCGACUCGACAUUGCCCCCUGGCCCUGCACGACAACGCUCGAGGCAAGCUUGCCUGCCAUGUCGACGCCGCAAGAGAAAAUGUGACGGUAAACUACCUUGCAAUGUUUGCCAAGGAUACGACUACGAGUGUGAAUAUGAUGAAACCUUUCAGAUUGCAACUCAGAAACGUGCAAGUUCGCCAAAUCAAUUAUCGCACCAGCGGGCCCCGAAAUUUUCCCGUGUGGAUCACUCAACAGAUACCUCUAAGCAAGACGGUGGUCCCUCUAUCCUCCCUGGUGUGCUCGGACCCUCCAAAGCUCGCUACGUGGGAAGAUAUUCAUCGAUUGCGUUUCCUCUUUACGUCGGAUUAGAGCUCCAAGCAACAAAACUUCCACGUCUGCAUUCAUUUGCGUAUCACACUGGCAUCCGGAAAGAGCCGCCUUGUGCGGCGCAUUCGGAGCUCACAGAGCGCAUUAUAUGGAAUACUGCAAGAAGCUUGAUUGAGGUAUACUCCGCUAUAGUCAAUCCUAUUUUUGGGUUUCUCGACAUGGAUUCCUUUUACACCCGAUGCGAGAUGCACUGGCAUGGGCAGCCGCAAGACCUGAUUUUCGAGGCCAUGAUCUGUGGAGUCUUUGCCUUAGCAUCUCUGUUCAAAGAGCGAAUAGACCAAGGGACGGAGAUGUGGCUCACUUUGCACGCUAAAAAUAUUAUAGAGGACUCUGAUCUCAGCCGGUUUCCUUCUCUCGAGCAUAUUGCGGCCUGGAUUCUGCGGACUUUGUACCUUCGUUGUACAGGGCGACCACACGUGACUUGGCUUUCCAGCUGUACGAUCAUGCAUCUCGUUGAAGCAACUGGCCUUCAUCAUGCACCAGAAUCUGUCAUCCAAGCUGGGCGGAAUGAUUCAAAUGAUUCACCGACUCCGCCAGCCCUUGAUACCAUAAAUCGCAUUGCCCAAGUAGCAAAUUGUCUUCAUGUUCUCAUCGCUUUCGAGUAUGGACGAUCUAUCUUAGCAAUAAAUCGACGGGUGCUUGAAUAUGCUGAUUACAAAAGUCGUGCGACAGACUUGACACCACAGCUAUGUCGUCUUGUUGCUGCAUUACCUACACACCAGCACAAAGAAGAUACCGCAGUGCUGGCCCAAGAGCUGUUCUCGGCCCUGGAAAAGAUUGCCGAAAAUACUGUCGAUCACGAUUUUCUUGUACUCUUACGGACAGACCUUGUUCUGGGUAUUUACCGUCGACUUCGUGUUUUGGACGCCAAAUAUCACCAUGGCCACAAUGAAAAAAUCAUUUCUGCCGGUGUGGUAGCCUUACCUGCAGCAAGAAAAUUGGUCAGCCAAAAUCAACCUUGGUGGAAUGUCGUUGGAUCAGUCUUCCAGUUUGUAUGCGCUCUGAUAGUUAUGGAUACGCCUUCGAGCUAUGAAAAACUUGUGGAUGCCAUGGACACUCUGGAAUUUAUUGUGGGCCAUCUGGACACCCACUUGGCAAAGGAAGCUCUUUCAACGGCUCGCCAACUCGUCCAUGCCUCACUGAAUAAGAAACGAAAGGGUGUUGAAGUACUUCAACGCAUUGUAGGAACAGAGACACCAGAAGCUGCUACCAGUACUCAAAAGGCGGAUCAAUUAACUCAAGAUAUGGUAUCGCUGAGUCCUCUACUUGCAGGCCAGCUGCCGUUUGACUUGGACUAUCUAUGGGCCACCCACUUUAACCUCCCCUCGUGA